AUGCUCAUUUCUUGGGCAGUAGGGCAGGUUGCCAGCUGUGUUAAAAUGUCUUUUUAUAAUUCAGAAAAAGGGACACAUCUUUCUCCCAGAACCACUCAAGAUAGGCAGAAGAAGGAGGGUAGCGCGGAACAAGUGGAAAUAAAUAAGGGAAGCUUCAAUCAAUUAGUCGCUAGGAGUUUUAUUUGGUCUCUUUGGGGAAUAUAUACCCCUCAUUCCCCCAGGCCUGGGGGCGGGGCCUGCCAGAGGAGGGGGAUUAGUGGGGAGCAGGGAGGAUCACCAGUUUUUAAAUUAAGCCCCCUCCCUCUUAGAUAUUUACUAGCUUCUGUCCACAGAGCAGGUCAUCAUACUAAAUCACCGGGCUGGAUAUUGCAGGAGGAGGGGGGGGAGGAGAAUCAAACAGCGUUUAUCGACCGAGCGGAAGGAUCGGCGGUGCUGACCGGAUAUGGGCAUCAAUUUGGGCCGGAUAUUGAAGGAUAUCAAUCAGGAGGAUUAGCGAUCGCCAUGGCUUCACAGAUAUCUGGCGCUUAUAAAUUAGCGGCACCGUGGGCUAAUGGUUCAGAAAUUAAUUAACUCUAUUUGGCGAGGUUGGGCCUAGUCCGGGUCAUUCUAAAACGGCUCGGUGUAAUUCGGCGUAGAUGGAAAUCGAGCCGGAUAAUGCGAUACUUAGCGAUACACACGCUAAAUGUAACCGCGGUGGGAGGGGGGAAUGAUGGACGAACCGCAGAGAGGUAAAUUACUUUGUGGUCCCCCGCACCUGAUAUACCCAUUUCCUACAAUGAUUGAAUUAAAUAGUUACCCUUUAGCAUCAAAUAUAAUAUAUUCUAAAAUUUAUAUAAAAAUUAAAUAAAGUAUAUUAUCAGUGUAACAGGUAGUGUGGUAGUUCAAUAGUAAGGCGCUA